CACAUGUGUUUGACUUCUCUUGAGUUCGUUAUGACUCUUUGGAUUAGCUUGUCCCAUGCUGCGCACUCGCAGUACCUUCUUCCUAUGUUGACAUUGCUAGUAAGGACGCAGAAAUGAAUAAUCGAAGUAGAUAUAUUUUACGGUAACAGUGACUAUGGAUGCACGAAUUUCAUCCGACUACUUGAUAACAAAACCUUUAAUUUAACGAGCGUGUUUGCGGGCCUCUGAAAUUAGCCGACAAGCUAAUGUCAACAUAGGUGAGCUAAUUGUAACUUAACUGCGUGGCUGCACUGUGGAUGCCACCACCUGAGAUCAAACUUCAUAAAUACGACUCCGGUCUGUGACACCAUCUGAACAACAGCCACCAAAGGACCUGUCAACAUGAGGAUUUUAAGGUUUCUGAGGAGCAGCGUGUCCGUAGGAAAGGAGAUAGACUAUUACUCCAAAUUUUCACCCUCGCCUCUUUCAAUGAAGCAGUUUCUGGAUUUUGGCUCAGAAAAUGCAUGUGAGAAAACCUCAUUCACCUUCCUCAAACAGGAGUUACCUGUGAGGUUGGCAAAUAUCAUGAAGGAAAUUAACUUGUUGCCGGACCACUUGUUGAGGACGCCAUCGGUUCAGAUGGUCGAGAGCUGGUAUGUGCAAAGUUUUCAGGAUAUUCUUGAGUUCAAAGACAAAAAUGCAGAUGAUGAGAAAGUCACGCAUGAUUUUGCAGAAGCAGUGAUUAAGAUCAGAAAUCGACACAAUGACGUCAUUCCCACCAUGGCUCAGGGACUUGUGGAGUACAAAGAGAAUUAUGGCACCGACCCAGUUGUCAGCCAGAACGUUCAGUAUUUUCUGGAUCGUUUCUACAUGAGCAGGAUAUCCAUCAGGAUGCUGCUCAACCAGCACACUCUGCUCUUUGGUGGGAAUGUGAAGUUGAACCCUGCACACCCCAAACAGAUCGGCAGCAUUGAUCCAAACUGUUGUGUCAGCGAGGUUAUCAGAGAUGCCUAUCAAAAUGCAAGAAACCUGUGUGACCGGUAUUACAUGAACUCUCCUGAGCUGAUACUGGAGGAAUUCAACGCCAAAGAGCUGGGAAAGCCCAUCACUGUGGUCUACGUCCCAUCUCAUUUGUAUCAUAUGGUGUUUGAACUUUUUAAGAACGCCAUGCGGGCCACCAUGGAGUUGCACAGCGACGCCAUGGAGUAUCCUUCCAUCCGUACACAAGUUGCUCUGGGAAGCGAAGACCUAACAGUCAAAGUGAGUGAUUGUGGAGGAGGCGUGCCGCUGCGUAAGAUUGACAGGCUGUUCACCUACACAUACUCCACAGCUCCUACACCCAGUGUUGACGGUUCACGUGCUACUCCUCUGGCUGGUUACGGGCACGGCCUGCCCAUCGCUCGACUGUAUGCACGGUAUUUUCAAGGGGACCUGAAGCUGUACUCUCUGGAGGGUUAUGGAACUGAUGCUGUGACCUACAUUCGGGCGCUCUCUACGGAGUCCAUUGAGAGGCUCCCUGUGUACAACAAGUCAGCCUGGAAACACUACAAGACCAUCCACGAGGCUGACGACUGGUGCGUGCCGAGCAAAGAGCCCAAGGACAUGACAACUUUCCGUAGUUUUUAGAUUCACAUAGCAAAUGCUUCUGUAGCAAAGUUUGCUAGAGUGGUUGUUGUAAAUUAGUGGUUGUGUGUAUGUGUGCAUGUGCUUACUGAGCCCCCCCCCAAAAAGACACCCCUGCGUUGUCCUCACAGCUUUGCAGUUAAGUUUAGGGUAAGUCUCCAGGAAAUUAAGGUAAGUGGAUGGUGGAUGUAAAGACCCCAUGAGGAAUGAAAGCAAAUUAACGAUUAGCAAUCAGUUCAAAUUUCUUUGCACAGGAAGUAAAAGAAGAAUUAUAGAACAGAGUUUUAGUGCCAUGUAUUCCACACAGAACAAUAGGUUUUAGUUUGAUGAAAGUGUUUUGAGUGCAGCAGCCAUACUCCUGGUACUUACCACUAACAGUAAUACCUGGAACCAGGACCAGCUUUCUGGAAAGACACUGCUUUGAAAGUGAAGUUCAACCAGUACUGGAUUUUUUAGGCCAGUACUGAAACUGACACGAGUUAAAAUAAUUGUUUGACAUAUUGGCCAAACAUGGUUUUAUCAUAACCAUUUUUUAAAUUAGGGUUCCUUAAAUUUUAGUUACUUGAGGAUUGUUUCCCAGGUAUGUAUUGAGUAGGACAUUUUACACUUUAAAAAUAACCUUGUCAACACUCUCUGGAGUUCAAACUACGAUGCUAAGAUGCAGUGACUGAUACGAAAGUUAAUUUAUUUGCUAACGUAAGCAACGUCACCAUGUCUGUGAUAAGCUCCAUGUAUCUGUCCCGCUGUAGUUGAAAUGUCCCUUUUGAUGUGAUCCAUGAACCUCCUUGUCUCAGCAUAAAGGGAAAAAAAAA